UAGUUUUGCAUUCCUGCGGAGAAUUUGACCUUUGACCUGCCCGUUGCAUUCCAGAGUGAGUGGUUCCUGCAGCAGCUUCACUCUGCCUCAGCACAGACUGAAUGCGUGUGGAGCUGAUUUAAACCUAGCAGCAGUCUCGACAACCAAAAAGAGCACGGCAGCGUCUUCUUACACGCAGGCAAYUUAAAACGCAGUUAGUCAUCUUUACAGCUAAAGCGCCAUCAUUACUAGGUUUCUUUGCAGACUGUCCGCAGACUGCAGCGCAGAAGAAAUGAAGGACAAACAGAAGAGAAAGAAGGAGCGGACCUGGGCUGAGGCAGCUCGAAUGGUUUUAGAGAACUUCUCUGAUGCACCUAUGACUCCCAAACAAAUCCUCCAUGUCAUCCAGACCAAGGGGCUGAAGGAGAUGAGAAGUGGAACAGCUCCUCUGGCCUGCCUGGUCACGAUGCUGCACUCCCAAGUUAGAGGAGACAGAGUGAAGAACAGCAUCUUCUUUAAACUCCCUGGACGAAUGAGCCUCUUCACUCUGAAGAAGAAUGCCCUCCAGUGGACAAAGCCAUCUUCAGAGUCGGAGGCAGCAUCAGAGCAAGCCAGCAACUCUGGACUUCCUGCUUCCGGCAGCAGCCCCCCAGUUUCAGGAUCAGCUGGGGCCCCUGCUGACUCUUCUGAUACCAUUGAGCAGGAAGCCUGCGACUUCACUGAGACGACUGUAACUGCAAUUUUAGACGAAGUGGAUGAGAGUUCAUCAAAUGCCUCCUGCUCCAUGGAGCCUCAGCCUCCCAUCUCCCAGCCUCAGACCCGUCUGAGCAGAGCAGCAGGACAGCAGGGACGUUCAGAUCCACAGCAAACCCAACACACCCAGACCAGACUGAGCCGUUCGAGACAGUCUGGGAGACAGAGAAAGAAAGCAGUUAUGAUGCCUCGUGUUGUCCUGACUCCUCUUAAAGUGAACGGAGAGCAUGUCCCCUCAGGUCCCAUGAAGAGGAGUCGAGGUGGUGUUGAUGUGGACUUUGAAACACCUGGUUCAAUCCUGGUGAACACCAAUAUCAGAGCUCUCAUCAAUGUGAGGACAUUCUCAGCUUUCCCACCACAUUCUCAGCAACAACUGCUUCAGCUACUGCCAGAGGUGGACAGACAGAUUGGACCUGAUGGGAUGGCCCGACUGAGUAGUUCUGCUCUCAAUAAUGAAUUCUUUACUCAUGCCUCUCAGAGCUGGAAAGAAAGACUUGCUGAGGGUGAGUUCACCCAUGAGAUGCAGGUACGCUUUCGACAGGAAAUGGAAAAGGAGAAGAAGGUUGAGGCAUGGAAGGAGAAGUUUUUUGAGGAGUACCAUGGGCAGAAGUCUGGCUUAACAAGAGAAGAGUCCCUAAAGCUCACGAUGAGUGAAGCUAGUGAAAUUGCAGGUCCUGUGCUGGAAACUGAUGUUGCUGUGGUGGCAACUGUUGCUCCCAAACGACGCAGUGUGGGUCGACGGAGGCGAGACGGCCGGAUGAGGAGACGCACACGGGCUGACUUACGUCGGAGAGCCCGGCGGACCCUUUGUAAGCCUGCUCCAGCUCUGCAGCCCACAGAAAGUGAAACCAGCGCUGUAUUGGAUGUAGCCACUGUCUCUGUUGACACUUCAAUGUCCAGUAACACUGUGGUUCAAGGAGAGGUUGUGCUCCACACUGACUGCGCUGUGGAACUCCCAGAUGAGAGUGCCUCUACAGAACCAGUGGCCUCUCCUACUCCAGAACCAGAACCAUUACCAGCCCCAUCUCCUGCUCCAAGUCCCAGCCCCAGCCCAGCCUCCACCAGUGCCAAUGAAGAGCCUGAAGUGACCGCCUGUUUGCUUCCCAAGGAAACUGAGCCUGUUUUGGCUUCCACCACCUCUCCCUCCUCAUCCUCCACCUCUUCCUCUUCGUCUGCCUCCUCACCUGCUUCAUCUCCCUCUUCAUCUGAUCGACAGGGGGCUUUUGCUGCAGGCUUGGAUUCGUCAUCCUCUUCGGGAUCUUCCAGUGCCACAGUUCCUGCUGAUACCCUGGAUGACACUGCCUCUGUGAUCACCUCCAUCACAGGAGGUACUGCUACUAGCAGCAGAGAGAGCAGUCCAUCAGCCAGCCCAGCCACAACCCCCGUAGAGCAAAAGAGAAGGCAGGAUGAGACAGAGGCCAUCACUAGAUUUCCCGGAAAGAGGGCGCGACUCGACGAUCGUCAGUCCUUUCGUACCACAAUUGACUGUGUCGGUUCGGAAAAGCCACAGCCGACAAACGAAGAACCCAAGGUGCCACCUAUCCGGAUUCAACUAUCCAGGAUCAAACCACCCUGGGUCAAAGGACACUCCACCUACCAAAUCUGCCCUCGGAUUGUCCCCCCUGGCGAGGGCUCGCGGAGGUCGGGGACGGGGGGCGCGCGGACGCUGGCAGACAUCAAGGCCCGUGCCCAGCAAGCCCGUGCGCAGCGCGAAGCCGCUGCUGCUGUUGCGGCCUCUGCCGAGGGGUCAGGGACGGCCAGUGUCCGGCUGUGGCCUGCUACUGGGUUACCGGAUAGCAGCAAUGGACGACGAACACGAGAGCAUCCAGGACCUAUCGAGCCCGGAGGAGGAGGAGGAGGAGGAGGAGGAGGAGGAGGAGAUGGAAGAAGAUGUAAUGACAUGGAGGAGCAGGAAUCAUCUUCAGAACCUAAUUCGUCUAGAACACAACUACAGCUUCUCAAUAUAGAACCCACCUCACACUCUUCCCCUUCAUUGUCCAAUACAUCAACUUCCACAUCCUUGGAGUCCCCACAGACCUUGAGUCCUCUGCAAGACCGGUCUGCCACCAUGUCAAAGGCUUGCAAAGAUGUGGACGAAACAUCCGUCACUGUCCAGAAUUCCUCCAGUAGAUUCACAGACAAGACUUGUACAUUCUUCCCAGAACCUGACGCCACAUUUGAGACAUCAGCCACAACGUCAAACCAAGAAGCCCAGCUGCUCAAGCCUGCUACUGCCUCCUCUUCCUCCUCAGACAUGACAGAUAAAGGUUUUGAGAAACCUACACUGACCCAGACUUCAAUCCCAGAUUCCCUUCCUAGAUUUGGGGCUCAGGGUGUGGAUGUCAUUCAGACUUUGGCUAGUCAGACCAAAGAGCAGGAAAAAGGGAAGGAGGUUGGACUGGGUGGCGUUAUCCAGCAUGGAUCUCACCAUGUAGACCGGCCCACAGAUAUUUCCUCUCCCCAAUGUGUGGAAGUAAUUAAUGUUUGUAAGAAGAAGUACGAUGAGGCUGACACACACAGUGACUCAACAGAAACUGCCUCAGACUGUGAGAAUGAGAGCCAGGAGGACGAGCAGCAACAGUCCUCAGACCCACAUUGGUGCUCGCAACUGACAACCCAACAAAAUGGGCCGUUGGUCAUCUGUAGCCCCCCUACUCAAAACCAGCAACCCGUCAUUCAGGCCAACAUGUCCAGCCGCCAAGGUCAGACAGUCAUUCAGCCUCGUUACCCCAAUGGUCUGCCUCAGCCACAACAUCGUAACCCUUAUCCCCCGGACCACCGCUCUUUUUCUACUGCUCAUCCUCAAGGAUUAAGAGAGAACAAUGUUGUGGUCAAAAUUGAAAUUACAGAAGACAGUCAAACCUCCAGACCUAGUUCUGCUGAAGAUGGGUUUCAUGGAGUUUUGAGCUCUACUGUCACACACCCACAUGUUGCAUCUGUCUCUAAAAAACUGGCUGCUUCAGCCAGACCAGUGUCCACCGUGGAAGCCAACAACCCCUUGGUAACUCAGCUGCUCCAAGGAAGUUUGCCUCUGGAGAAGGUUUUACCUUCCCACUCUGCAAACAGAUUGGAGAUUAGCCGACUACCAGUUUCCCAAAACAAACCUUCAACAACAAGGAACCUAGGAGCUCACAUUAAGCCUGAGUUCCCUGACUUACCCUCUAGCAUGGACUUGACUCAGACCACCAAGUCACCAACGGGUUAUCCAGUCUCUUGCCUCACUGAGGCCUCAGAGGCAUCUCAGUAUCAGCCCCAGCAGAUUUCUGGUGCUGUUCCAGUCAUCACCUCUGUGCCGUUGUCAUCCAAAAGUAGGUCAGACAUUGCUUCUCUGGCUUCUGUGGAAACUGCAGCUUUUAAAGAGUCUCCUCAGCUUUCCCAGAGAGCCACCCCAGAUCAACCAACCUAUCAGAUUGUACCCAGUACCCCAUCACCUACCCAUGCAGAAUCCCACCUCACUGAAAACAAAGCAAUGAUUAAGGUGAAUAUAAGACCCCUGCAGCCUCAGCCCCCACAUUUUCACCAACAGCAGCUGUCCCCUACCCCCAUUGUGAAAAAUGAAGGUGGUCCAAGAUCUUCYUGCCAAGCUCUUGCCAAAUCUGGGCCUAUCAUGCCCAUCAAUGGAACCAAGAAAGAACCUGGGAACUCUAUCGAUGGCUACCUGAGUGGAGGAGCAAUGGAGGGUCUUCUCAACAUGGAAAUGACUUUGGCCAGGAUAGCCAAGAAGGAGCACAGCAAAGCUCCAUGUUCAGCCAGCUCCCCUUCCUCCUCCUCCUCUUCACCUUCUUCCUCCUCCCUUCCCUUUCAGCUAUAUGGGAAGCUCCCUAAACAAAGUGUUAGCUACACAGCUAACGUAUCUAUGAUGGACAAUGGUGGUUUCUCCCGGGGAAUGGCUGACGGUGUCCUUCAGCUGUGCCCCCGCCUGGCCUCCAGCCACACCACCCUCAGCAUCCAGGCCUUCACGGAUAAUGCGGCUGAGGAGGUAGCACUCAAGUGCUCGUGUCGUCUCAAAGCCAUGAUCAUGUGCCAAGGCUGCGGUGCCUUUUGCCAUGACGAUUGCAUCGGACCCUCUAAACUCUGCGUUUCAUGCCUGGUGGUCAGAUAGUGUGUUCAUGACCCUGUGCACUGUAGAGUUGCUGCCGGUGACGGAUCAGCAGCAUGAUUGGGCAGCUUUAGUGUACAGAAAGAAAAUGACAGUAGAGAACAGGACAAUCCUUGUGGGCAACACAUGCCUUGUAUCAUAAGUCUGUAUCUUUUUUGUUGUUGCAGAUUUUUUUCUAGCUGUAUUGAUAAUUAUUGUUGUUCUUGUUAUUGUGAAUUUGGAGCAUGAUUAAUUGUAAAUUGUGCUAUUUACCUCAUCUUGUGUUGCUCCAUUUGUUAUCAUCUGGAGGUCACUAUUGUUUUGGUUCCUAGUUUGCACUGCAGACAGGAUCUGAUAGUCUCUUUGCUCAGAGAAGUAUUUUUUUAUCCAUUAAAAGGAGUAAACGAACUGA